GUCAUUGGAUCAAUUACAAACGGGUCGGUAAAAACGAGGAUUUGCAUGUUUUUCUGGAUCCUUUAUAAUUUGUAUUCGGAUGGCUCUAAUUUAUAAUUGACGAAUUGAGAAACGAAACCUUUUGCCAAAUAAUUAAAAACCUAGAUGUUCGACUCACAAUUCUAUGGAUCAGGCGGAGGAGACGGCAGUGAAGAAUUUCUUUAUCGUGUUUUUAUUGGAUUAAGAUCAACUCCAGUGAUGAAAUCAAUCGCCACCCUAGAGGAUAUUACGGCGUUUGUAGCUCUGUUGGCUUGGAAAGAGGAAGAACCGCUUUCAUUCCUUAAUUGGAUCUUCCUGGACUUAAACGGACAUGUUCAAUUAUAUAUUGGUGGUAUUCUUACGGUGAUUCCCGUCGACAGAACCGUUUUCAUAGCCACAACCGAAGAAGAAGAAGACGGGAUUUGUUGUUGUUGCCGGUUUGAUUCUGGUUUGAUAUGGUUAAAAGAAAACCGAUAACUUUUUAUAUUAAAAAUUAAUAAUUAAUUAGAUAACUAGGGUAAAAUUGGAAUUUGGAUUCUGUUGAAGAAUUGUUGGUUUGAAA